AGGGCGACGAACCUUGAGCCGUCUGGCGGACGCCCCACGACGCCAUCUAAUACACGGCAGCCAGGCAGGCGAACAAGAGGUUGGUUGCGUGUUUAUUUUGCUGUGGUAUUUGCUCAAGGAAUCUGGCUGGGCUUUGCAGAUAGUCCAACGAAGGGCGCGAGUUCCAGAGUUGCCGCAAGCAGUCGCGCUGCCAUGAUCCACUCGAUGAUUUGAAUCCCCAAGAGGAUUAAUUUCUCGCUGCCACGCCAUAUAUCUCAUUGUUGCCCGCCAUGUCUUCCGAUCUCCUCGCCGAAUUCGACAGCUUCUACAACCCUUCGCCAGAUAAACAGUCUGCCACGACACCAGCAUCAAACGAUUUGUUCUCUCUGAGUGGUUCGAAUUCUACGGCGACAUUUGGAAACGGAGGAACACAACAAUGGCAAGCUCCAGCGAAGCUGCCGGUGGAUGAUUUGUGGGGGGAUAUGAGUAGUUUCCAACCUACUGCCCCGGCACAACCAAUAGCUACAAGCCAAGAGGAUAUAUGGGGAUCAUUCGAGGCUUCUGUGCCCCAGACUCAGAUGGUCCAGCCUACAUCUACAGUCCAAGCAAAGUAUGCAGGAUGGGGCACAACAUCUGGCGAGAUCAGACCAGUGGGAGUUAGAAGGUCUACACUAGAUAUGUUCUCCAGCAACAUAGAAGACAUUCCGGGUCCAGUGGAAAUGCCCAAGCCAGUACCGAAAGCUGCUCCCAAGCCUGUUCGGAAGCCAUCAUAUGGAAGAGAUGUCCUUUUUGAUGCUGAAGCGGAAGCUGAAGAUGACGAUGAGUUUGGAGAUUUUGAGACUGUUGCGGCACCCGAGCCUGUAUCACAGCCACAGCCACCUCCAUCUCAAUCUUUGACCAAUAUGUUUGGUGCAACUAGUUUGAAGGAUAAGCCAUCAAAACGGCCUGCAAACUUGCUGUCAUCAGGUCUGACUGCUGGUGGUUUACCAUAUCCACAAGCACCUAAAUCACCAUCUUUUCAAGAGAGGAACCCAUUUGGUGAUUUGGCUCCAGUAUUGGCAACAAAGCAACUUUCAAAUGUAAAGAAAGGAUCCAGACCAAAUUCGGCCUCACCUGUAACUGCGUGGCCAAACUUCGCACCUCCCCAACCUGACCCUUAUGAGGAUUCCCCAGCACCAGACAAUGCCGAAGAUGACUGGGGUGACUUUGCAGACAACCUGGACGCACCAGUACCAGCUGUCAUAUCACCACGGCCAACCACCGGAAUCGAAGCCGACGCCUGGGCCUGGGACAACGCCGACGGCGUUCUAUCAUCUCCUCCAGCAGAAGUAAACGAAGCACCACCGACCAACAUCCCCCCACCAUCAAUCAUCCUCACCCUCUUCCCACCACUUUUUGACCUCCCCCAAUCAACCCUCUUCAAAGCCGUAGCCGACCAACCCUUCUCGCUAAAAAAUCGCAUCAUCUCCGACCCCUCCACCAUCUCUUUCCUACGAGCCUACCUCCUCAUCGCCACCGUCGCAGCUCGCAUCAUAGCCGGCCGCAAGCUCCGCUGGAAACGCGACACGUUGCUCUCACAGGCUAUGAAGAUCGGUCCCGCUGCAGCAGGUGGUAAGGGUGGUAUGAAGCUCACUGGCGUUGACAAGUCGGAGGUUGUUCGCGAGGAUAGAGAAGCUGCUGAUGUGGUAAGAGUGUGGAAAGAGCAGCUUGGUCGGCUCAAAUCUGCGGUGGCGGUUGCGAAUACUAGUUUAAAGGACACGGCUACGCACCUGGCUAUCCCGGAGAUCUCAGAAACGAUGCAUGUCAAGACUCAAGAAGGAGGCUUGUCAGCUCCUAAGCAAUGUCUUAUUUGUGGGUUGAAACGCGAAGAGAGGAUUGCGAAGGUGGAUGUUAUGGUUGAAGAUAGUUUUGGGGAGUGGUGGGUUGAGCAUUGGGGGCAUAGAGCAUGUAAGAACUUCUGGCAGGAGCAUGAGUCGAAGUUGAAAGGCAGGUGAGGCCUCUGAUUGUGUUAGAUCUCUGCCAAUUGUUUUCCAUAUUGGGUAGAUGUGAGCUUGGGUCAGUAUCCAGCCAUACCCAGUACUUCGCUUGAGAAGAAUUCAGAAUUCAAAGACAUACAAAUACCAGACAAGAUCCCGAUUUCAAUCUUCUACUCGUCCAGGAUCUUCAAAUGUCUAUCAUGAUCUCUCUUGUUCACUCCUUGACAAUAUUUUGGGAAGGACCUGGAAGUCACUUUGGCAAGUGGAUGCGAUGAGUGAGUGAAUGGUUGUCACAUGCUAAAGUCAAGAGUCCCUCGAUAUCGAAUGCUUCAUCGCUGCCCCUCUCAGCUUGGUCUCAAAUCCCCUAGGCCCCAUUACAAAAUGCUGCAGAUAAAGCUUUUUCUCUAAGCUAAACCCUCCAAGUUCUGGCCGUGACGAAGAUUUAAUUUAUACCCAUCAACCGUCCACCUUCUUCAAUGCAAGCAUGAUCUUGAUAUCGGGCAGCAAUGGCUUCAAAGCAGGACAAUCAUCACAAAUCUCAUAAAGAAUCUCAUCCGCCUCCCACGAAGCUCUCUUCCAGUCCGAGUCAUACUCAUAGGUCGCUCCGACCUCCAAGUCUGCCAAUUGGGUGGCACUGAAACUGUUAUUAUCCUCCUCUCCGUACCUUGCCCAAUGGGGUUCUGGUGUCCAGUCCGGGUGAACCAAUAUCAUGUCAUUGGUCUCAGACUUCGAGUUUCUCUCUAGUACCAGCUGCAGGGUCUUGAUGCCCACAAAAUCUGCAAUGCCAUGCAUGUUGUUGCAGAAGUACCGCCAGAAGGUUUUGUACUGGACAGCGAUGUGACGGAUCUGCUGGAAAUCCUCUUCCGCGAAAGUGUUUACCAGUGUACGAGCAAUGAAUAUCCGCUUCUUGUCGGUGAAGCUACCAAAAUACAGAGUGUCGACUGAUAAGUCGAGGUAUAUUGUUGCAGGGCUCUGAGCUGUGCCGAGACGUAGCUUGUACACUUUCGAAGCAACCUGACGGGAUUCUGCACACGCAUGAAGCAUCGCGGGAAUAGGCGCAUUGGAAGUGAAAGUCGUCAGGCCGAGGUCAUCAUUCGAGUAUGUGCCUGAAGGAUAAUGGAUCUCGGUGUAGAAGAUUCGAACUAGGCGACCAGCUGGUAAGGCGUACUUCCAGAUGCGGUUGCGGAGCUCGGGUGGGAGUCUGGAAAAGAAGUGAAAUGUCUUGGAUUUGUUGGAUGGUACAAACGCAGGCCCUCCGACACGGAACUUGGAUUUGUAGUGGUUGUCAGGCUGUGAUAUUUAGCAAUGCAUCAUCAGUGACUUAGGGCGC